AUGUAUUUUGCUUUUAGUCAAAAGGACAGAUUUAAAAGGAAAAUUUGUUUCGCCAAGAUGUUUUAUUUCUGUGUACUAUUACUUAGAUCUCUUUGUUGAUCUUUGUGAGGCGAAAUAUUAUAAAUAUAUACAAGUGGUGGGUGAGUUCCUAAGAACAAUGAUUCAGUUUGUGCUUCUAAUUAGCCGGCAGGGCAAAGUGAGAUUGACCAAGUGGUAUUCUCCUUAUUCACAGAAGGAGAGAACAAAGGUAAUUCGUGAACUUAGUGGAGUGAUUCUUAGCAGAGGACCCAAGCUUUGUAAUUUUGUUGAAUGGAGAGGUUUCAAGGUUGUAUACAAAAGGUAUGCCAGCUUGUAUUUCUGCAUGUGCAUUGAUGGGGAGGACAACGAGCUAGAGAUCCUUGAGAUAAUUCAUCACUAUGUUGAGAUUCUUGACCGCUACUUUGGCAGUGUUUGUGAGUUGGAUCUCAUCUUCAACUUUCAUAAAGCCUAUUACAUUCUAGACGAACUUUUGAUUGCUGGAGAGCUUGUAGAGCCAAGUAAGAAGACCAUUGCACGAGUUAUAGCUGCUCAGGAUUCUUUGGUGGAGAGUGCCAAAGAACAGGCUAGUUCUUUGAGCAAUAUAAUUGCACAGGCAACCAAAUAGAAUUCCUGUAAAUACAUUUCCUCAUCCAGUUUAUGACAGAAUUUUUCAGGACAUUCUUGUAUUUCUAGGGUGAUUUUUUCUAGGAAUGUCAAAUCUACAGCUUGUUUACAAGUAUUAAUUGCUGUCCUUUGAAAGUUUUGUUGGAGGUACAGAGCCUUGAAUAGGAGGGACAUUUAAUUUGUUUUUUGCAUGUUUUGCCAAAUUAUGUAAGAGUAUUUUCAGCAUUUCAUAUCA